CCCUUCACAUCCAGUACUCCACAUAUGGAUAUUUUGAAUAUGCUCUCUGGAUACCAUCAUAUGCACAUAUGGAUAUCAUUGUUAAUGGCUUAUGUUAUGGAGCAGGGAACUGGUAUGGCGAGCUGCUAUCAAUUAGACCGACUGGUAUGGCAUACAAGCCAUCCCCACCCAAAUUUCUUCAAUAUCCAAAAUAUUUCCACAGAAAUAUUUUUACUGUUAGUACAUAAGUAGUCACGCUGGUACGCGGUCGUGUAUGCCUCUAAAUUACGUUUUGGGAAAGUCUGUUUUAUCGUGUUUCUCAGUGUUGUUUGGAUGUAAAAGUUUUAUUUAUCAAAAAUGAAUGUCCAGGGCUAUUAUACAGAUAGUGAUGACGAUUCGGAGUAUGAGUUAAGUGAUAAUUCGGAUAUGAGUGACUCUGACGAAACAUAUUCGGAGACCGAUGACGGUGAACUUGUCGAAAACGUGACCAUGGACGAAUGGCAAGUUUUAAGUGAUCCUUUUUCCGAUCAGGUUCCUAGAGCUACGCAAAAUUUUUCUUCUGAAUAUACUUUUCACCCCACCAUUGAUAUGGAAGAGUGCAGAGAUCCAGUCAAUUGUUUCGAAUGUUUUUAAGCCCAAAUAUCGUAGCGAAAUUAAGUGAGUGGACGAACAGAAGAGCUGAAAUGUACUUUGAACAAAAUACAAAUACAAGGACAGUUUAUGGCGUUCAGUGGAAGAAACUAGAAAAAGAAGAGAUGUACGUUUUCAUCGCGCUUCAUAUUCUUACUGGAUUAGUAAAGUGCUCUCGCAUAACAGAUUACUGGAGUAAUAACAUUUUGUGCGCUGGUCCAAAAGUUUUCAAUAAAUCUAUUAUGAGUCGAAACAGGUAUCUUUCUAUACUCAAGUUUAUUCGGUUUUCGCCACCCGAAGCAGCAAGAAACAAUGCCCCUCUAAGCCGACUUGAAAUUUAUAUGUCCAUGCUCAAAGACAACUGCAAGACGUUGGUUGACCCUGGACCAGUGUUUGCACGAGAAGUUAUUCUAGACAAUUGGUAUACAUCCGUGCGGCUUUCGCAAUUUUUACUUACCCAAGGAACCUAUGUAUUUGACUGGAACUAUAAGAAGCAAUCGUGGAGUUCCCGCUCAGUUAACUAGAAUUCCACUAGAAAGGUACCAAUCCUGCUUCGUACGGAAAGACAUGCAACUGCUUGUACGAUAUAAGGACAAGAAGGAUG